AUGGACCAACAGAAAGUAACUCUUUUAGUGCUCUUGGAUUUGAGUGCCGCCUUUGACACCAUUGAUCAUGAAAUUCUGAUGGAUAUAUUGAAGUUAGAAUUUGGUGUGAUCGGAAAUGCCUUAAAGUGGAUUAAGUCGUUUCUUUCCUGUAGAAAGCAGCGUAUUAAUAUUAAGCAAAAGUUUUCCGCCAAUUUUACGUUGAACUGUGGAGUACCACAAGGAAGCUGUCUUGGACCGGUCCUUUUCCUAUUAUACGUGUCUCAACUGUUCCAGAUUAUUAACAGGCACUUACCUUCUUCCCAUGGGUAUGCAGAUGACACUCAACUUUAUUUAUCUUUCCGUCCUGAGUCACCCGUUGUCCAAGACCAAGCUAUUCAAACUAUUAAUAAUUGCAUCGUCGAAGUUCGUGCUUGGUUAGUUUCACAUAAAUUAAUGUUCAAUGACACUAAAACGGAAUUCUUGAUAAUUGGAACUCGCCAGCAGCUGUCUAAGGUUACAAUCGACUCGAUUGAAGUUGGUGAUGCUGAUAUAAAACCUGUACAAGAAGUCCGAAAUCUAGGUUCGUGGUUUGACGAACAUAUGUCGAUGAAUGUCCAUGUGGGCAAGGUUUGCAGCAAAGUAUUUAGGGGCUUGUACAACAUCCGACAAAUAAGGAAGUUUCUCUCCAUCGAAUCAACUAAAACGCUCGUACAUGCCUUUGUGACGUCACACUUGGACUACUGCAAUUCUCUCUUGUUCGGCAUUCCCCAAUACCAACUUCAGCGUCUUCAACGAGUUCUCAAUGCCGCUGCUAGAGUGACGUGUCUUAUACCAAGAUGUGCUCAUAUUACCCCUGUCCUGAUGCACCUUCACUGGCUGCCUGUCAAGUUUCGCGUUGAUUUUAAAAUUGCACUUCUGGUAUAUAAAGCCCCCCACGGGAUGGCGCCAGGCUACAUUAUGGAACUGUUGUUAGAAAAACCGAACUGCUGUUACCAACUGAGAUCUGAUGAUCAGGGACUGCUUUUUAUCCCAAAAACUAGAGCCAAGACUCUUGGUGAUCGAGCAUUUGUGCAUGCAGCUCCGUCAAUUUGGAACAUGCUACCUUCUGGUAUUAGAAAUAGUAAAACAAUUGACUGUUUUAAAUCUCAAUUAAAGACUUUCCUUUUUAAGAAAGCUUUCGAUUCUAACUUUUAGAUUUAUAGACACCUAUACCUUAACUCUUAAUAUUUUAGCUACUUGUAUAUAGUAUAACCUCAUUGUUGUAAAGCGCUUUGGAAUAUUUUAUAUAAUUUAAGCGCUGUAUAAAUCUUUAUAUAUUAUAUUAUAUUAUGUUUGUAUAAUUUAAAAGCAAACAGAAACCAAUUUAGCAAGUAGUUUGAGGUAUAUAUGAUUCUUGAAGAUGAAUUAAUGAUUGUACAGAACGGCCACUCCUUGCAAUCGAAGUGUGGAAGUGGAAACAGGUAAUAUGAGACUUUUCCACCCCCCUCUUGGGCUAUCAAUUUUCAAUGGGUCACGUGACCAGCUCCGACUUGGGUCUUUGCUUCCCAAGAGCAAAGAGCCUGGGAACGAGGUUGAGGAACCAUAUGGCGUCCAUCCUCGGUCCCAGGGCCUCACGGCUGACACUGCGUUGCCACGCAGUGUCAGCCGUGAGGCCCUGGGACCGAGGAUGUAUGGCGUCAGUAAACGUGAAAAUCCGCCAUGUUUUUGCGGACACUUUUUUGACUGACGAGAGAUAGGAGCACCUCCUCCAGUAAUAUUAUAGCUUAGUGGUAUAACUCCCUGCGCUUGUUCGUCGCGAUGCACUACUUCAUGUAAACCUUUCAUAUAGUGACUCGCAUGAAAAUUUUUUAUUAGCGCCUGGGGGGGAACGAGGCAGAUCUGUGGUAGUGAGGUACUUCGAUCGUAUUUAGGGGCGGACCAUUUGAUUUUUGAGGGGUGGGUGGAAGAUUCAGUCUGUGCAAGAAUUUUUUUUCCGCCCAGGCGAACGAGACAGAUAAUUUUUUCCUGUAAAAGUGCAGCGCAAGAUAUUUUUUUCCCAAUAUAUUUGGCCGCAGGAUAUUUUUUUUGCCUCUCAUAAUAACGGCUUACAGUAACUUUAGGCUUUCAUAUAGCUAUCAUCGGAGACGUAGCAGGGGUUUUCAGUCAGAGGAGGCCGAGAACUGAAUCCCAAGAGGGGCCAAGGAAUUUUCACUGUGCUUUAUUUUAUAUGGUUAUGUCUUAAUGUUCCCCACACUAAAGCGUGCAAGUUUACUUACAAAGAAUGUAUAACUGCACCAAAACCUAAAACAUGCAGGGAUAGAGUAGAGUACUCGAAAAUGGGGGAGGGUACAGUAUAUGAAUGACCUGUAACCUUGGGGGGUUCGGGGGCAUGCUCCCCCGAGAAAAUUUUAAAAUUUGAACCUCGGAAAUGCUAUUUCCUGCGUUUUCAGCCAUGGAUAAUUAUCUUAAGCCCAGAUUUUCUCAGGGGGGGGGGGCAACAAUUUUGCCAGGGAACACCACUGGCUAUCGUAUGUCAGAGGCUCCAAAGGCGGUAGAAUCCUGUGAUGUUAUCCACUGUUCACCCCGUGUUCUUUUAAGCAAAUGUGCCUGCUCAAAAAUGCAAAAUCUUGCAAGCCUGUGGACACAAUACUGAAGUGAAGAGCAUCAGUAGAGUUACAUGUAGAAAAUUUUUUUUUGAGCGCUCUCUUUUGCAUGAUAUUUUUUUUUCUCGAUUGUGUGCUGCAUGAUUUUUUUUUUCUUUCUCCUUGGGUUGCAGGAAAUUUUUUUUCGAAAUCUUCCACCCCCCCCUUAAAAGUCAAAUGGUCCGCCCGUUAUCAUCAUGUUAUUGCUCAAAUUACUGUAUCUCAUUUUGUCUCUAUUAUUUUUUACUUUAUCAUAAAAAAUAGAACCCCCUGCAGCCUAUCUUGCCAGGGCUAGGAGGGUGCGCACCCCCUCUCCCCUGCCUAAGGAUUAAAGCCACAAUAAUAUAAAACAUAAACCUUGUAAUUGAUUUUCAGUGCGUCUCGUAACAUCCAAUAUCGUUUUGGCUGACUUACUGACGGAAAGCGAGCAUUAUGACUUCACUAUGUGCAACCCACCCUUUUUCGCUGAUAAGUCGGAAAUAGUCGGAAACCGCUCGAGAACUGGCAACCGUCCGCAGCCGAGCUCUGUGUGUACUGGGACCGAGUCUGAAAUUGUGACGUUAGGGGGAGAGGUUGCGUUUGUUGGCAGAAUGAUCGAUGACAGUUUGAGACUGGGGUCUAGAAUCAAGUAAGUGUAAACUAGUGCAUUAAUGUUUCACUAAGCACAAUAUCGUACAGUAGAUGGUGGUCAACUUGCAGUUAUCAGAGUAUAAUAAUGUUCAUUCUUUUCAAUAGAUGUAGUAGUCUUAUAUUGGAGGAGAAUAAAUUAGUCUACAAUUCUGGUAAUCGUUCCAUGUUUCGCGCACCAAUAUAGUAAACGUUAUGUAAUGGAUAUUAUAGUCACUGCAAAGUCAACUGGAUACCUCCAUAUACAUAAAAAAACACCUUAACCCUAACCCCAACCCUAAACCUAACCCCUAUCACAAACCCCUAAACUAUAAUGGUGCGCGAAACAUGGAACGAUAACCACAAUUCUGACGUUGACCACCAUCUGCUGCCCAUAACACUUUUUGGUUAAAUAUAGAUGGUAUACAACAAUGUUGGGGAAGAAAUCUAGUUUGACGUCUGUUGUCGCAAAACUGAAGCAAAACAAUGUAAGGAAAUUAAACUUUAUUCUUCGUUCCAUCACUUCUAAACUGUUCUUCCAGUUAGGAUCAUCUCUUAUUGAUCCAGUGUUACUACAGGAGGAAACCUAAACUAAACUAACUUUAUUUAUACUGGAUAGCUCUAUCAGUUCUAAACUGUUCUUCCUAGAGGUCCAUUAAGGAUCAUCUCUUAUUGAUUCAGUGUUACUACAGGAGGAAACCUAAACUAAACUAACUUCAUUUAUACUGGAUGAUAGCUCUAUCAGUUCUGAACUGUUCUUCCUAGAUGUCCAGUAAGGAUCAUCUCUUAUUGAUCCAGUGUUACUACAGGAGGAAACCUAAACUAAACUAACUUUAUUUAUACUGGAUAGCUCUAUCAGUUCUGAACUGUUCUUCCUAGAUGUCCAGUAAGGAUCAUCUCUUAUUGUUCCGUGUUACUACAGGAGGAAACCUAAACUAAACUAACUUUAUUUAUACUGGAUAGCUCUAUCAGUUCAAUUCUAAACUGUUCUUCCUAGAGGUCCAGUAACUUCGGCUUUAAAACCAAAACCGGAUAGGCCAAAUUUGUUUCAUAUUAUAUAAACUCACAAGGCAAAUAAAAAAUUGACAUAUGGCACCUGAAACCACAAAAAGCUUUUGUACUCGUAAAAGUAAAAACCUAACUCAAAACUGGUGCUUGAACUCAUUUUAACAGCAGUGAAAAAAAGCGAUUCAUUCGGUUAUGAAUACCAUCUCAGUUAGAGGUAUAUUUGUCAAUUCAUGUAUGAAAUUUUGAAGGUGGCCACAAUAAUUCUUUCAAACAACGUUCGCAUUUUAAAGCAACUAUAUUCAAGACAAGUUGGUGUCAUAUCAGUUAAAUUAAAACCAAUAGAUUUGGGGGGGAAAUAUUGUAAGUAUAUUAUGAUUGUUUAAUAUUAUUUAUGAAAUGUUUGCUUAAAUAUAUAUAUUCGCAACUAUAUAUGAGCCGUGUAUAGAACACUGGAUCAACAAAAGAUGAUCCUCACUGGACCUCUAUACAGGAAGAACAGUUUAGAACUGAUAAAGCUAUCCAGUAUAAAUAAAGUUAGUUUAGUUUAGAUUUCCUCCUGUAGUAACACCGGAUUAAUAAGAGAUAAUCCUUCCUGGACCUCCAGGAAGAACAGUUUAGAACUAAUAGAACUAUCCAGUAUAAAUAAAGUUAGUUUAGUUUAGGUUUCCUCCUGUAGUAACACUGGAUCAAUAGUAGAUGAUCCUUACUGAGCCUCUAGGAAGAAUAGUUUAGAACUGACAGUGCUAUCGAGUAUAAAUAAAGUUAGUUUAGGUUUCCUUCCGUAGUAAUACUGGAUCAAUAAGAGAUGAUCUUUAUAGGCCUCUAGGAAGAACAGAUUGGAACUGAUAAAGCUUUCCAGUAUAAAUAAAGUUAGUUUAGGUUUCCUGUUGUAGUAAUACUGGAUCAAUAAAAGAUGACUCUAAUACUCUUUCUGGACCUCUAGGAAGAACAGUUUAGAACUAAUAGAAUUAUGCAGUAUAAAUAAAGUUAGUUAUAUUUCAUAUAACUAACCAUGACAUUUCUUCAUUACAGAAAGAAGCAUGGUUUUUCAAACAGUAUGCUUCACUUUGGUGUUGUGCUCCAGUUUGCUGCUUUGUGGAACUAGAGCAGAAAACCCGGAGGAGGGAGGUCUCAAUUUCGCGCAGGCGAUACUAGCAGUAGAUGCACAGAAAGGGCAGUCUGGUAACAUAAACUACGACACCUUUUGCCAAAAGAAAGUCGACAAGACCCACGAUCAGUUGCUGGGAUGUCAGCUCCCGGCACCUAAUGCUGGCUUCGAGUUGCGCGUUUGUAAAUUGGAAACUGGUACGUAGUCUGUGGUUGUGAUAAUGGUGGUUGUGAGGGGUGAUAAUGGUGGUUGUGAGGGGUGAUAAUGGUGGUUGUGGAGCUAAUGCUGGCUUCGAGUUGCGCGUUUGUAAAUUGGAAACUGGUACGUAGUCUGUGGUUGGGUCUCAAUUUCGCGCAGGCGAUACUAGCAGUAGAUGCACAGAAAGGGCAGUCUGGUAACAUAAACUACGACACCUUUUGCCAAAAGAAAGUCGACAAGACCCACGAUCAGUUGCUGGGAUGUCAGCUCCCGGCACCUAAUGCUGGCUUCGAGUUGCGCGUUUGUAAAUUGGAAACUGGUACGUAGUCUGUGGUUGUGAUAAUGGUGGUUGUGAGGGGUGAUAAUGGUGGUUGUGAGGGGUGAUAAUGGUGGUUGUGGAGAUGAUAAUGGUGGUUGUGGGGGCGAUGAUAAUGGUGGUUGUGAUAAUGGUGGUCGUGGGGGUGAUAAUGAUGGUUGUGGGGGUGAUAAUGGUGGUUGUAAUAAUGGUGGUUGUGGGGGUGAUAAUGGUGGUUGUGUGGCUGAUAAUGGUGGUCGUGGGGGUAAUAAUGGUGGUUGUGGGGGUAAUAAUGGUGGUUGUGAUAAUGGUGGUUGUGGGGGUGAUAAUGGUGGUUGUGUGGCUGAUAAUGGUGGUCGUGGGGGUAAUAAUGGUGGUUGUGGGGGUAAUAAUGGUGGUUGUAAUAAUGGUGGUUGUGGGGUGAUAAUGGUGGUCGUGGGGGUAAUAAUGGUGGUUGUGGGGGUGAUAAUGGUGGUUGUGGGGGUGAUAAUGGUGGUUGUGGGGGGGGUGAUAACGGUGGUUGUGGGGGUGAUAAUUGUGGUUGUGGGAGUGAUGGGGACAAUGGCGGUUGUGAGAGUGAUGAUGGGGUGAAAUUUGUAGUUUUGGGUUGACGACGGUGAUAAUGGUAGGCGUGGUGGUGGUGAGAUGAUUAUGGUAGUGAUGAAGGUAAGGGAUGUUUGUUGUAGUGGUUGGUGAUUAUCAUGAUGCUGGUGGUAAUGAUGAUGACGGUCAUGACAUAAUGGUAAUAAUGAUGGUGUUGGUGAUAGUUUUGGCGUUUGUUCAUUUUUGUUGAUGCUUUUGUUUCGUUUCUGCUGUUGUUGUUGCUGCUGCUGCUGUUGGUGUUGUCGUUGCUGCUGUUGUCGUCGUUGCUGUAGUUGUUGUUGCUGCUGCUGUUGUCGCUGGCGCGGCUGUUGUUGUUGUCAUUGCUGUUGUUACUGCUGCUGUUGUUGUUCUUGCUGUUGUUACUAAAAUGAACAGACUGACAAGAUCCAAAACUACAAUUAAUUUCAUUAAUUUCCUCAGGAUGUGAAGAGCUGGUCAAUUCGAGCAUAUCGUUCCACGACUCAAUUUUCACGGCAGGACUAAAUGUGGUGAAAUACAGCCAAGAAGAUAUACUAGAUCUAAAAUGCAAAGACGAAAAUCCAGAAAAGACCACGUGUAUUGGUUAUCUUGAAGAAUGGAUCGAAACGGCUGGCGCGAAACUGGUUCCAUUCAACGAGAAAGUUUUCAGCAAAACUGAAGACGGAAUGAUUUCGGAAAUCAAGGCUUACCAAACAACCCCAGAAACAAAAGCAAAAACUGUAAGCGACCUACAGAAGAUUAUAGCAUGGAUGACACCGGAAGACGGCAAAUGCACCCUCUACAAGCAGCUUUGUGAUCUGGAGGGGUUCUUCAAGAAAACUGGCGGAUUUGUGAUUCAUAAUCCGAGCGUGAAAUACAAGAUGAUGUUGAGCGACAUCUGUCACAGUGAUCAAGACGAUCCAACCAACGAGAGAGUCUUGGCUGUUUUGAAAAAGUUUAUUAAAGAGUUGACUCCUCCUGCUACAUCAACUCCCUGAAGACAGCAAUAUUCUAUUCAUGAUUUAUUACGGAACUAACGGUUUAUUUUAGAACG